AUGAAGAGCCGAGAUACUAAUAGGGUCUCAUCAAGCCCGUCCUAUGAGAGCAAGCAGGCUGUCCUUUAUUUCAUAACAAUUAUAUUUAUGAUCCUAGAGACGAUGGCGGUCAUUCUACGCUUUGUUUCCCGCCGUAUCGGGAAGGUCUCAUGGAGCCGUGAUGAUACCUUAAUCAUCAUUAGUUGGGUAGUGACCAUUGCAUUCAAUGUAACUAUUUUGGUUGAUGUCCGCUAUGGAGGUACUGGCCUCCAUAUGGCACGAAUGAUGGAAACUGACCCGGCAAUGUCAGUCUAUUUCUCCAAGGAUAUUAUCCCUGUGGAGCCGACCUGGCUCUUUUCUGUCCGCGUCACGCGAUACAUUUGCUACGCGACGGGAGCUAUUAUCAUCUUAAAUUGUCUGGGGGGAUUUCUCGCUUGCUUUGGCGUAUGCGUCCCAUUGAGGGCACUCUGGGACACUACUGUUUCAGGGCGCUGCUUCAAUUUGAACUUGUUGCUUCGAUGGAUCCGACUCCCGCAUAUAUUGUCGGACGUCAUCAUGUUGAUCCUUCCCAUUUCGCAUGUCGUAAAGCUCCAAACCACUCGACGGAUCAAAUUAGGACUUCUGAUUACUUUUUUGCUUGAUAGUGUUGGAUUUGUCUUUGGGUUGGUAUGCUGGGUACAAUACUUCAUUACUGAUGCGAUAGCCGAUAAGACAUGGUCAGCAGUUGACAUCUUCAUUUGGAGCGUCAUGGAAGCUGGCAUGUAUCUCAUUGCUGCCUGUCUACUGGCAUAUCAGCCCCUAGUGAGCCUUAUUUGGAGACAAAUAAAGAAACGCCUCGUGGGUAUGUCCAUAACCAAAUCCGAGCAAGCCAGCACUAGAGACUACCAGACGGGAUCGAGAAGCCAUGAUCAGAUACCCGAUGGUCGGGCCUUCGUGCCCUUAAGCGAUAAAGAGGAGUAUAUAGGUUUGGUGACAGUGACCAAGGUGAAGCAAGGUCAACGUGAUGAGGUUGUAUGA